AUGUUGCGGCACAACCCACUGAAGGAACUGUCUUUUGCUGAAGCGAGGAAUAGGUGCCGCAGUUGCUAUGCUGGAAUUCGGUUACUGCGUGGGGCCAGGACGCGGACACCAGGCGACCACGUUUCGGAAUGGGCACAGGCAAUCCAAAACAAUGACGGUAUCUCGAGAUUUCGGAGUUGCGAAGUAAAGCAACUUUUACGCUCCUCCUGUGUGCAAUUCGCACAAGACUACACGAAGACGUUCAGCUUUCAGCACGCAUGGCGCAUCAGCCCACUUCCAGGCCAGCUUACCACUGGUGUUGAAAAAUUGGUCCGUCUCACGAUGCAUAACGCUGCCACGUACGAGGCGGCCUGCAACACCAUAGCCGGUGCUCUGAUGCAAGAAAUGUACCAGCAUAGAUGGCGAACUUCUCCCUGUUCCAGUGCGGUGUUUUCGGAAGCUUCUUUCGCUGACUGGUUUGACGAAUUCUAUUCGCCGAUGCUAGGCAGCAUCGAUCCAGUAACUCUUCAGUCAGAUGUCAAGGCACUCUUCCUGCAAUCAUCAAAGGCCAAAUAUGUGCAGCAAUGUUCUAUGUUGAAAAAUAGUCAGGCUGUUUUGUCAGAUAAAGCAAUCCUCCCACACAUUGAUUUGUGCCUCUUGUGCCUCUGUCGCUUUCCCUCCAACACACUUUCCUGUGGGCAUAGCAUAUGCGACAGUUGCAUGCGGAUGGGCAGCAAGAAAAACGAAUCGGAUGAUAAUACAUAUACCAUGAGAGAUUGUGUUCUGUGUGGGCAUACAAAUUCCGUGCACACAAUACUGAAGCCUCCUUCAGCAGGUACUCGUGUUCUGAACCUCCACGGAGACAUCGAUGAAGCGUUCCCGAUGGCCAUGUACUUGAAAGAUCUUCGACGGUCAAUAUUAGGGCAUUUCGAAGAGUAUUUUGACCUUGUCAUAGGCAGUGGCAUUGGUGCAUUUUUUAUGAUAAUGAUAUUUUGCAACCAGGCCAUAAUUGCCGAUUGCAUACAUCAUAUCCCGAACUUGAAGUGCAUAAAGAUCGACGAUGAGAUCGCAUGUUUCGGGAAGGGCCUGAGGUUUCCAAUAAGUGAUCUCCGUCAAGCUAAAAUAAAGCUAGUUCUGUACAACACGGACGAGCGCUUGGCAACUUACAAAAAUUACAUCGCGAAAUCAUCGAAGUGGCUCCACAAAUCGACAACUCCGUGUCAAAAAAUAGACGUGAGCAAUCGUUCUUACACUGAGGCUCUUCGUAUAUGGCCCGACGACCAAAUCAGGACCAUCACACAAUGCCCUAACAACAGGAACUCAGAAACGUUGAGCGUGGCGAACGAACUCGUGUCCGCUCUAUUUUAUAUAGAAAGGGAAGAAAUUCCAACUUUUUACUCCUUAUCCCCUGUUGUCUUUGUACUACGGGUUAAGUGUCGACUUCCCGUGGGUCAACAUCUCCUCGAUGUUGCAAUGAGGAUGCGAAGGAGGAAGGUCCGGGUCAGGGUUUGCAUGCAGGAUUAUGAAAGAAGUUUCCUUUUGUGCGCUGACCAGAUGUGGGAGGCAUUGAAGAAAGGCAGGCCAUUCUUGCGGCGGCUGGAAGUGCGGUUGUGUUCCCCAAAGGCUCUCAUCACUGUCAAACUUGAUGGAACUGUCGCCAAUGACACCAGCGAACUGUGUAACUGCCCUGCCUAUGCUAUUCCAUGCGUGGACACCAAUGAGUACCAGGAAAUUUCAUUAAAGGAACAAAUGAAUGCUUUACAAGAGACUGUAGCGCAGCUAUUCUAG